AUGGAGUCAUAUUUAGAACUGCUGUGGAAUGUUCCUCCAACCACACAAAACAAAAUAAAAUUUCUGUAUUUAGCGAGAGUUUCGUCUCGAUGCCUUUCCGACCCACAUCUUCUUUUCGCAUCCGGUUUACCGAAACGGCAAUUGAUUAUAAGUCCUUCAGCCGACCAUUUUCUAGUUUCAAACCAGUUCUGCAUCGCAGGACUUAGAAGCCGUCCAACCACCGUGUUCAAUGUCUUGCCAACCAGAUCUCAAAUAAAAACCGGAAGAACCGCAGAUGAUGGUGGG